UGAUAUUGGUGGCCAUUUGUGGAAAAAACAUCCCAUUACCUGUUGGCCAUGCAUGCGACGACUUGCACGCCCUUAAUUUUCCAAGUCUUCCUUUGACCAACGACAACGAGGCUGUGCACACACACGUUAUCAUCUGUACACAAACCUAUACACAUCUCCUUCCGGUUUCAGGCCUUGAUCCAUUCCUCCUCCAGCUCCCUCAGGCUUCAGGCUUCAGGCUUCGAGCUGAUCACAACUCUCAAGUUACCAGCCAUGGCGGCCAAGGCCACCUCAUGCUUCACCUUCCUCAAAGAAGCGCUGGUCCUCCCCACGCAGAACCCCAAGCUCUUCGCCCCAAUCUUCAUCCUCCUUGCCGUCAUCGCCUUCCUCGUCCCCGCGGUCAACGUGGUCUUCAUCCAGCCGCUCACCGCCGAGAUGCUCCGCCACCUCGCCGAGAUGCAGACAACCGACCCCUCGACCGCCGAGUUCGCCAGGCUCUUGCAGGAGAUACGGCAGGAAACGAGGGAGCUCGUCAUCAUCACCGUCGCCCUCACGGUCGUCACCCUGGUGCUCGUCUUCGCCAAGCAGAUCCUCUCCUUCUCCGCGGCCUGCACGACCUACUCCGGCGACCGCUACACCCUCGCGGAGCUCCUCCGCAGGCUGACCAAGUGGGGAAACCUGAGGGGCCCUCUCGUGACCGUGGGCGUGGUCACCGCGCUCCAGCUCACGUUCAUGGUGCUCCUCGGCGUCUACCUCUCCAGCGUCAUGCGCCACUCGGGGUUGCUCUCCGUGCAAGGCGCGCUCUUCGUCCUCGCCUUCCUGGCCUUCAUCUACUUCGGGGUCGUGGCCGUGGUGGGCGUCGCCGUGUCGGUGGCCGACGAGGGGUGCCGCGGCGUGCGCGCGCUCGGGCGGGCGUGGCGGCUCAUGACGCGGGUGAGCAGGAAGGAGGGCGCCUUGCUGGCGGCGGUGAUGGUCCUCCUGCCGACCGUUUUGAGCCCGGUGAGCGCGCUCGCGCUCGCGUACGCGAAGAAGAGCAUGGCGGUGGGGCUCUGCCUGCUCGCCGUGCAGGCUCUGCUGUCCGGUGCGGUGGAGCUGUUCUACAUCGCGGCGGCCACGGUGUACUACUACAAGGCCAUGGAGAGCAAGGGCGUGAUGGUCCUGGCUUUUGAUGGCUAUGCCAAGAUACCUUCCCGUGAGGCAAAUGUCUGAUUGAUCGGCCGGCCCCUGUAUAGUGAGUCAUAUAUAUACUUGUGGUGCUUCCUACCUGUGUGAUCAUUAUCAUUGUACUACAUACUAUUUUACUAUGUCAAAUCUUGGAAUAUGUAUACAUACAUGAGAUAAGAGUAAAAAUAUAUGUGUGUAGGUCAGCAAAUUA